CCUACCAAUAACCUCGUCUCUUUUAAAAAGAAUUAACAUCCCUCGCACCACCCCAAAAAAAUAAAAAAUGUUACUGUUAAGAGAAAAAAAAAAAAUCCAUGUAGGCCCAAGAACAGGUAAUGGACCAGCCCAUUGCCGUUGAAUGAAGAAGAGUGUAGAGAACAGAGCGAUAACGAUCCCCUAUUCCGCCAUUUUCCGCCCUCUCAGAUCACAGUUCCGGCUAGAGGCAAUCAGAGUGUGUUUAAAAACUCUCACUCUCUCUAAAUCUCGCUCACUUGCCGUGAACCCUAGAACGCGGGUCAGAAGCCAAGACUUCAAUUAUCUAUCUUGCAAGAGAUUCACUGGGUCAUUCGGAUCGCAAUGGGAAGGUUAAGGGGAAUAUUGUAUAAUCUCAGUGGCCUUUGGGAGUUGUGGAACCUUCAACCUGCCAUUUGAGGAGGUUAUGACCCUGCUCAAGUAGUUUAUGCUUUUCUGAUAGUUUUUGUGGAGUAUGGAAGGGAACAGGCGUUCCUUUUCUGGAAAACGCCCUAACUCCCAUUUCAAGACAAAGGAAGGCAACAAAAGAGGAAAAUGGCAUAACUCUGGUCAUGAACAAUUUUUUGGAAAUUCUAAUGCUUCAGACACUGUCUAUCGGAUCCUAUGUCAUUCUGGAAAGAUUGGUAGUGUUAUUGGGAAAGGUGGUGGGAUAGUCAAAGCCCUUAGAGAAGAGACUCAGGCAAAAAUAAUUGUUGCUGAUUCUGUCCCUGGCUCAGAAGAGAGAGUCAUAAUCAUCUAUAGUCCUCAGACAAAACUCCCUAGGAACCACAGUGAUGAGGAUGCAGUCCCGGAGAAAGAAGAUGAUUGCAUGGAGCCACAUUGUGCAGCCCAAGAUGCUCUCUUGAAAGUUCACGACAGGAUUAUUGAGGAAGACCUUGUCGGUGGAAUGGAAGAUGAAGAUGACAAUGAAAACGUUGUCACUACACGCCUUCUUGUUCCACACAAUAUGGUAGGAUGUCUUCUAGGGAAAAGAGGAGAUGUCGUUCAGAGAUUGAGAAGUGAAACUGGUGCAAGCAUUCGUGUUCUUCCUGAAGAACAUCUUCCUACAUGCGCUAUGAACACUGAUGAAUUAGUUCAGAUAUCAGGGAAACCAGCGAUGGCAAAGAGGGCUCUCUAUGAAGUGUCCACUCUGUUGCAUCAGAAUCCACGCAAGGACAAUCCUCCUUUGAGUUUUCCCAUGCCCUAUGGGGGCCCAGGUUUUCAUCCUCCUGGACCUCCAAUGCCAAAUAUGCACCCUCCAGGAAAUCCAAUGUGGUCUGAGCCCCGUGGUAUGCCACCAAUGCCAUGGAUGGGGGAAUAUGGAGACCAGCCCACCAGAUUUGGGGUAGGUGGUUUUGAUGAUGUUAACACUGCACAUGGUGGGGAAGUUGAAAAGGAGUUUUCAAUGAAAAUUUUGUGCUCAGCUGCAAAAAUUGGUGGGGUUAUUGGCAAGGGAGGCUUCAAUGUUAAAAGAUUACAGCAAGAGACAGGAGCUAGCAUUCAUGUUGAGGAUGCAUUAGCAGAGUCAGAAGAACGUGUGAUCCGCGUCUCUUCUUUCGAGGCUCUGUGGAACAGAAGAUCGCAAACUAUUGAGGCCAUUCUUCAGCUUCAGGAUAAAGCAAGUGAAUACUCUGAAAAAGGAGUUAUCACUACUAGACUUCUUAUUCCAUCAAGCAAGAUUGGCUGCAUUCUUGGACAAGGAGGUCAGGUAAUCAAUGAGAUGAGGAGGAGAACUCAGGCAGGCAUACGCGUCUACUCCAAGGAAGAUAAGCCCAACUGUGCAGCACAAGAUGAAGAGCUUGUGCAGAUAUCUGGAAGCUUGGGCGUUGCUAAAGAUGCUCUGGCAGAGAUCGCAUCACGGCUUAGAACGAGAUGCCUGCGAAAUGCAAAUGCUGGUGUCGAACCUGCUCCUGUUGGGCCAGUCAAGGGAUUUGGUACAGCAGGAAACUUACAUGGUGGAGGGCCACAUCCACCAGUUCAGCGAUCUGGCUCCAUAAGAGCGGCCAGCUCUAGUGGAUAUGAGCUUGUGAAGGGUGGUGGACAUGGACAUGAUCCUCCUAGGAGUUAUCCAGUUCCUCAAAGUGCUACUAGAUACGCGAUUGUCAACAGCUCUAUGGAGGUGAAGACUCCGAAUGCUGUGCGUUCUGUUGUUGGACCAGGAGGGGGCAGCUAUAGUGAGAUUUCUGGAACAAGGGUGAAGCUCCAUGACGCUCAGUCUGGUGGUUCUGAAUGUGUUGUUGAGAUCCGUGGGUCUUCUGAUCGUUUGAAUGCUGCCCAGAGUGUCCUUCAGGCCUUCAAUGUUUCAACCGGACAAAACUUUGAACCUCCGCAAGGCUCCUAUCAAUAUGGCAGUGGGCAUCAAAGUGCAUAUUCAACUAUCAAUACUCCACAAGACCGCUACCAGAACAUCAAUACUCAGCGGGCUCCUUACCAGAACCUCAACACCCAGCAAGCUCCUUACCUUGACAUCAAUACCCAGCAAGCUUCCUACCAAAACAUGCAAUUACCUUACCAAAACAUCAAUAGCCAGCAAGCUCCUUACCAAAACAUCAAUGCUCGGCAAGCAACCUAUGAGAACACAAGUGUGCAAGGUACUUAUCAUUAUUGACAUUAGAUCUGGGCAUUCUUGUACCAUAAUGUGCCUGUUAUGAUAAUUUUCGCAGUCUUAUCGGCAUGUUGUUGAACAGAUGCUUAGAGGUAAUUUAAGGUUUUGCAUACUUGUGAGUACUUCUUCUUAUGGGCUGAAUUAAAACAUUUUCCAUGCUUGCCUAGGAGAAAUACAAAUUUCAUGUAUUUUCACAGUGCAGGAACUUAGAAGAUCUGCUUUCCUAUAUAGAUAAAUCAAGUCGUUGGUUUUGGUUGUUGCAUUUA